UAAAUAUGCUAAAAUCUAUCAUUUGUUUGGGUUUUCUGCUGCUUUUGCUGGAAGGUUCGCACGCAGCAUUUAACUGCUCAGCGCCGCCGAAUUUUAAUAACUUCGACAUUAACACUUGCUGCCGCACUCCGGAAUUGGAUAUGGGUGAUGUGCCGCAGAAAUGCCACAAAUAUGUGAGUGGUUUGAAGUCGGCCAACUCCAAAUAUCCCAGCUUUGCUCAUCUCUGCUAUCCUGACUGUAUUUAUCGGGAAACGGGAGCCAUGACGAAUGGAAAAAUUAGAAUGGAAAGGGUUAAGCAGUAUUUGGAAGAGCAUGUUCAUCGGCGAGAUCAGGAUAUUGUGGCCCACAUAGUGCGCUCCUUCGAGUCCUGUCUGUCCAACGUCAAAGGCCACAUGAAGUCAUCGAACAUCGAGUCCUACAAGGUCCUGCCCCACGGCUGCUCACCCUUUGCCGGCAUAAUCUAUAGCUGUGUGAAUGCCGAGACCUUCCUUCACUGCCCCCCGAAAAUGUGGAAAAACGAGCGACCCUGCAAUUUGGCCAAGGAAUUCGCCGAACAAUGCAACCCCCUGCCACAUGUUCCGCUGCCCAGCAGCUGAUUCUCCACAUAGAUCUUAGAUUCCCGAAAAAUGUAAACAAUCAUUUAAAGU